AUGCUGAAAAAUGGAGCUACGAAUCGACUCACUGGAAGCUAUACGAUAUCAGAGGUAUUAAAUAACGAAUUGCAAAAGGAAUUCGAGCGAGAUGUUUCAGUAUCUAACCAAACAUUACAAGAUGAAAUCAAUAAAAAUGAUUAUAACAAACAAAAACGACCUAUGAAUGGAAAUUUUACAGAUGAAAGAACUUAUAAAGAUAUCAUGAAAGAAAGGGAUUUGGAAAGGGAGGAGAAGAAGGUACAACAUUUUCUUAAGGAAGGAAGUUUGAAUGGGACCAAUUCAGCGAUAGAGAUGAAAAAGAAGAGAAAAUUAAAUGAUGGUAGUGAAGAGGUAACAGGAGCUGAGCUCGAGAAGUCAAGUUUAGUGCAAGAAAUUAAGGAGAAAAACAUUCCUGUGAUAAGUGGUAUACCAUUAACUGAUGAAAUCUUGAGCAAAUUAUUACCAGAGGGGUUUAUUAAAGUAGAGGUACCUCCCGAAUACCAACAAAUCACGCUUGCAUCAAAGCCAGAUAUAUCUUCUUCAACAACCCAGGACAAUUAUUUUCCACCAACAAAUGAGGAGGCAAAAAUUUCUACCUCAUUUUCGGCUAAUGAUAUAACAGCUGAGUAUGGUUUAGAGUACUUUAAGGAGGAAGAUGUGAAAUAUUUUGGAAAUUUACUAAAGAUCAAUAUUGACGACUUAAACGAUGAGGAAAAGAAAGAAGUCCAGUCAAUGAAAUUAAUUUUAAAAGUCAAGAAUGGUACUCAAAUUGUGAGAAAAAAGGCUUUGAGAUCGUUGACAGAUAAUGCAACAAAAUUUGGCCCCAAAAUAAUACUAAGUCAGGUUUUACCAAUAAUACUCGAACCAGCCUUGGGAGAAUUAGAAAAACAUUUAUUAAUAAAACUUGUGGGAAAAAUGAUACAUCAAUUAAACGCUUCGAUACGGCCUUACACCCAAAAAAUAAUACACGUUUUAUCACCGUUUUUAAUUGACGAAGAUAGCACUUUGAGAAAUGAGACAAGAUCAAUACUCACGAACUUGGUAAAAGCUGUGGGGUUUGGUACUAUGAUAUCUACAUUAAGGCCUGAUCUUGAUCAUGUCGAUGAAUAUGUCAGAAAUCUCACGUCCAGAGUGCUAGCUAUAGUUGCUAACACUUUAGGUCUAUCACAAUACCUUCCUUUUGUUAAAGCUGUUGUGAAAUCACGUAAAAACUGGACCGCUAGACACACUGGUAUCAAAUCAGUUCAACAAUUGUGUAUAACAUUAGGAAAAGGAAACGGUUCAGUGAUACUACCUUAUUUAUCCCAAUUAAUUGAAAUUUUGAGUCCAGCCAUUCAUGAUGAGUCACCUCAAGUGAAAGCCAUUACAGCCAAUACUGUUGCACAAUUAGCGGAAAAUGUUGCUCCUUACGGUAUUGAGUCAUUUGAACAAAUAUUGGAACCACUUUGGUUUGAAAUUAGAAGACAGAAGGGUAAAAGUUUAGCAGCAUUUUUAAAAUGUAUUGGAUCAAUAAUCCCUUUAAUGGCUUACAACCUAGACUAUGAAGAAUACACAAAUUAUUAUACGACUGAGGUUAUGCACGUAAUUAUUCGUCAAUUUUCCACACCUGAUGAAGAUAUGAGAAAAACAAUUUUGAAAAUACUAAGUAUAUUACCAUUGUCAGAAAAAUUAGUCCCAGAAUAUCAUGAUAAGUUAGUGAAACCAUUUUUUAAAUCAUUUUGGAAUAGAAGAACGGCAUCCGAUAAUUUACAAAUAGUUAAUCUCGUGGUAGCUGCUACAAAUCAUUUAGCUAUAAGAUUUGAUUUCCUGACUAUUUUAAAUAAUAUAAUAUAUUUCAGCAAAGAUGAUAAUGAACAACUACGAAGAUUAUCAAUUGAAGCAUUAAACGUGACAAUCUCUAAUCAACCAGAUGAGCUAGUUGGAUUCCUGCCACAACGAAUUGAAAGUUUAGUCGAUGGUGUUUUAUUUGCAUUUCAGGAACAAUCGAAUCAGAAUAAAAUUUACUUACGAACAUUUGGAACAAUAGCAAACGCAUUAGGAGUAAGGAUGAAACCUCAUUUAAAUUCAAUCAUUAGCUCCGUCUUGUACAGAGUAAAGAAUAAGUCUCCUGAAGUAAGACAACAAUCAUUUGAUUUAAUUGCAAUAAUAGCACCUGUCAUCAAACUUUGUGCUGAAUCUGAUGAUAAUAUUUUACAAAAGCUUAUAUUAAUAUUAUAUGAAUCAUUAGGUGAAGUUUAUCCAGAUGUGUUAGGGUCAAUAAUUAAUGCGUUAUAUUCAUGUAUUAAUUCACUAGAAAAAUCAAUUUUACUUGAAAUGGAUAAUCCAUCGGUAAAUCAAAUAUUGCCAACGUUAACUCCAAUAUUGAAAAAUAGACAUGAAAAAGUUCAAGAAUCGAGUAUAAAAUUAAUUGGAUUGAUUGCAACCAAAAAUGCUGAAACUAUAAAUGCAAAAGAAUGGAUGAGAAUCUGUUUUGAUUUAUUAGAAAUGCUUAAAUCGAAUAAAAAAAAGAUCAGAGUCGAAGCAAAUGCUACAUUUGGGUACAUAUCAAAAACGAUUGGACCACAAGAUGUCAUUGUCAUGUUGUUGAAUAAUUUGAAAGUACAAGAGAGACAAUUAAGGGUCUGUACGGCAGUUGCAAUGGGAAUUGUCGCAGAGACGUGUCAACCCUUUACGGUUUUACCUGCAAUUAUGAAUGAAUAUAAAACACCCGAAAAGAAUGUUCAAAAUGGUAUUUUAAAAGCUUUGAGUUUCUUGUUUGAAUAUCUUGAUGGUAAUACAACGAAGGAUUAUUUAUUUGCUAUUACUCCACUUUUGGAAGAUGCAUUAAUUGAUAGAGAUUUGGUACAUAGACAAACUGCUUCCACCGUUGUUUUUCAUAUUGCAAUAAAUUGUUAUGGAAUUAUUGAAUCCGAAUAUUAUGAAGUUUUUAUGCAUUUAUUAAAUUUGAUAUUACCUAAUAUUUAUGAAACUUCGCCACAUGUAAUAGCAAGAAUUAUGGAAAGUUUAGAUUCUUUAAGAUUAGUUUUGGGAAAUGGAAUUUUCAUGAAUUACGUCUGGGCUGGUUUAUUUCAUCCUGCUAGAAAAGUUCGUAUACCUUUUUGGAAAGUCUAUAAUAGUGCUUUUGUUCAAUGUAGUGAUGCUUUAGUUCCAUAUUAUCCAAGAAUAGAUCACAUACCUGACGACGAAAAUGUUUCAAGAUAUUAUGUCGAAGAAUUAGAUUUAUGUUUAUAA